UGCACUACGGUCGAGUGGGAAUCCCCUAAAAUGGAGGCAAUACAUGGGAGUGCACGUAGUACCAUCCACACUUUAGCUCUACUCCUCCCUUCUGCCCUCCCUCGUUUUUACCUCGUCUCGUCUUCUGCCUAGCAGCAGCUAGCAAGUUCGCUUCACGCGCUUCCCCAUCGCUCGCUUCGUCGUUCAACUCGAAACGCCCCGCAGCCGCUGUUGGUAACGAGGCUUUAUUUAAGCAGCACGCCACGCCAUCGAAAGCUCUCCGUCAAACGCAGGAACUUUUGCACAGAGAGCAACCAAGGCGCGCGCCACACAUCAGCCAGUGAUUGUGACGUAGUUAUCAAAAAUCUUUAUUUCGCCCUGCGCUGCAUUUGAUGUGGCGCGCGCGCAGGACUUCUGAAAAAACAGGCUGUCUGUCUGCACAGACAGGUUUACCUGCUGUGAACGGCCUCUCAGAGCAGUGCAAUGAAAGGAAGGACGCCGGGAAAGGAGGGAUGAGAAAACGAUUCAAGUAAAAGAAGAUUUGCAUCACCACAAAGUGCCUCGUCUGGAUGCUGCAGCAGCCCAUCUCUGUGUCCGCUGGUCUCCGUUUUGGAUCGCUCUCUUCUCCGCUGACAUAAGAGCGUGUAUGUGCUUGGCCUUGGCUCGGGCUAUAUUUCACCCUGACAGUCAAUCAGCCCAUUUACCUGUUCCUCGAUUCCAGUCUCGCCUGCUUGCCAUUUCACCUUUUAAUACAAGGACACCAGUCCAUUAGUUUCCUCUUUGUAUUCACCUCUCUAAUUGUCUGCAUUCUCUCCAUCCUUUACGGCCCAGACAUGCGAGUAUCUUUAGAGACUGCUGUGGCUAUGGCAACAGGGCAGGGGGUUUGGGAAGCCUAAAAUUAGAGAAAGUCUGUUUUAUAUCAAUGCAAGAGGGUUAUUUUAAACCUAGAGCUCAGGUGGGUGAGUCUAGACAGUGGGACGACCACUGCAGACAAAUAAAAAGUGCCGCUCUGCUCCAGUUUUAAUGCCUUGCUUUCCUGGACAGCAGCCCGAAGAUGCACCGCAGCAUGUCACAGUGACCUACCCCACUUCGAAACUCUGAUUCUUAGCACGUAUAACUGACUUUUAUCUGACUUCAUCAUAAUUUUGUGAUUGUAUGCAGCUCCUCUGAGCCCAUUGGCUGAUCAGCAGACUAUGUCCCCUUCCUGUCCGUAAGAGAGCUAGCUUAUUUCUGGACAGUUAAUCUUAGGAUCCCCCCCUCCUGGCUGCUGUGCUCAUUUUUUGCAGCUUUUGUGCUUUCUCACGCCUGGCUGCCCCACCCCAGCCCUCCGCUCACCGAGGGACCACCAUGGCCGUCAAUGUGACCAUGGGCCGCGACACCAAGUGGCUGACGCUGGAGGUGUGCAGAGAGUUCCAGCGAGGAACCUGCUCUCGUUCGGACACAGAGUGCAAGUUUGCUCACCCCUCUCGCACCUGCCACGUGGAGAACGGCCGCGUCAUCGCCUGUUUCGACUCACUUAAGGGCCGCUGUGCACGUGAUAACUGCAAGUACCUGCAUCCUCCACCUCAUCUGAAGACGCAGCUGGAGAUAAAUGGCAGGAACAACCUGAUCCAGCAGAAGACUGCAGCCGCUAUGCUGGCCCAGCAGAUGCAGUUCAUGCUGCCUGGAGCUCAGCUGCAGCCCAUAACCUCUUUCCCAGUAACUCAUUCCUUGGCCAACAGUCCGAGCAUGGCGUUCAGUCCGUACCUGAGUCACAUGAGUCCAGGCAUCAGCCUCAUGCCCGAGCUUCUGCCCAGCGCCCCCGUGCUGGUUCCAGGGAGUCCCACCGGUAUCGCCAUGGGCAACGGAAACUCAACGCAGAAACAUGUUCGCACAGACAAGCUUGAGGUGUGUCGGGAGUUCCAGCGAGGAAAUUGCACACGCGGGGAGAAUGACUGUCGCUAUGCCCACCCCAUUGAAGCCGCCAUGGUGGACGGCAGCGAGAACUCCGUCAUUGUUUGCAUGGAUUACAUCAAGGGCCGUUGCACCCGUGACAAGUGCAAGUACUUUCACCCUCCUGCUCACCUACAGGCCCGGAUAAAGGCGGCACAGCAUCAAGCCAGCCAGAAUGCUGCUGCCAUGGCUCUGCCACCAGGCGCCAUGCAGCAGCUACCAAAGAGACCGACCCUGGAGAAGACAAACGGCACGGCUGCAGUCUUCAAUCCCAGCAUGUUCCACUACCAGCAGGCGUUGGCCAGCAUGCAGCUGCAGCAGCCAGCGUUCAUUCCUGCAGGCCUUUUCAAACCCCCCGGCCCAAUGACAGAGGGCCGCUGGGAGAGGCGGGACUGGACCAGCUGCAGGGCCCCCCAAAGCCGUUACCUGUCAGGGCCUGGACAUACUGUUCCCAUGAUGCACGGUGCCACCACUUCCACUGUUUCGUCGGCUACGACCCCAGUCACCAAUGUUCCUUUUGCUGAAUCAGCCACCUCCAACCAGACGCUGCCGAGGUACUGAGCGCUGACCCUGUUGACCUCCAGUGCGUUCCCAUGGAGGCCCAUUUCUGCCCAGUUCCUAAACUCCUGGUUGCCGCACCCAUGACACUGAAUCCAGUAAGCCUCUCCCGCAAUCCCAGUUAAGAUGCCAACAACCCAAUUAGACCCAUCACUCAUGCAACAUGCCCAAACACAGAAAAAUGAAUGCAACAAAUGUGUGCCUAAUCAAUAUGUCCUUAGCGGGCAAUACAUUCAUCCUCAUAUCAAAGACUCCCACUUAAUUUGAAGUCAACAGAGGUUUGUUGAUAUUGAAACAGGCAAUACUUAAGCUUGGACCUACAACUGUUAAAGGAAGCAUGCCAUCUUGAUGCAAAGAGACGUAAGGAGCGUGCAGAUGAUGAAUCAGGAGACGGAGUGCUCUUGUAACUCACAGCCAUACGAAUAGAUGCAAACCAAUUAGUUGAGAAGAUUGAAUCCUUUGGAGAUAAACAUUAAAUUAGGAUAGUGCUUAUUUGAUGCACGGUAAACAGUGAAGCCGAGCCAGAGCAUCAGCAGACUGAAAAUGUUUCUUCGUCAUUGAAUGUGAUAACUGUGUAUGUACCCAGAGCCCAUGGAAGAGAGAGAGUAUGAGAGCUCCACUCGCUUAUGAUGUUUUAGAUAGUGGUGGUGGUACUGCUUUGAUUUUCUUUCCAAUUUAAUUCUAAUUGUUCUAAUGAACGUGGCACGUUUUAUUUCAUGUUUACAUUUCAAAAUUUAGAAAAAAAUAUUGUUAUUUGAAAAUGAUCAAUGCUUUUGUAAGAUAACCUGUUCGUGAUACUGUUUAACUGAGUUUUAAAAUGUCGUUGUCUGUGCCUUUGAGUUACAAGUGUGAACGUCUUUUUUUUCCCAAUUCUUCUGUACUUGACCGACUUACAUUUUAUUAUAGACUAAGAAGGUAUACCUGUGUAGCCUUUCAGAAUGUGUUGUUCCACUGUAUACAUAGAGAUGUGUGUUGUUGUUGAGUGACCUCCUUUAUAUUGGUCUCAUGAAAAAGAGUAUUAUUUAAAACCUGGUGACUUAAGUGUUAUAAUCCAUGCCUGAAGUAUCUCACCUCACAUUUCAAACACCACAUCGAGAUUGGUUCACAUACUCAUACCUCCAUUUUUAAAGUAGAACUGCCUUAAGCAGACAACAUUGUGGUUGUACAGUGUGAUGCACACUAAAAUGUAAUGUCUGAUUGCAGGUCUUCUGAUGUAUAAGAUGUCUCAUUGAGGAUUUAAACUGGACUAAGAUUUUUUUAUUACUAUUAUUUAUUCCAGCUGAAGCUCAUAAGUCAAAGCUGACUUAGCAAAUACUCCUUAUCUGUCGUUUGGUGUCCUGGAUAUUCAAGUACUAUAAAAAUAGUCAGGUUUAUUUGCUUUCCUAUUACCUUAUGUUUCCAUUUGUAGACAAACGCUUUAUGAUGGCGACACCAUCUCUGCCAAAAUCCAUGCCCUGCCUCACCUGCUGCGUGACAGUCUGUUCGUCUCCACUUUUCCAAACUUGUUCAGCCACGUUUGGUGCAUCCCAAUGUACCAUGAGAUCUUGGAGCACUCAAUUUUCAAUGUCAGUUAGCUGCCAGAAUGGUUCUUAAACUGCUUGACUAGCUGGAUGUUACCAUUUAAACCAAUUUAAAAUCUUUUUUACUCACUCUGAAUUUAUUUCUUCCACACAAAAGGAGAUGCUAGACAUAAUGUCAGGUUCAUUCUCGUUUUCAUUGUAUUGAAAAAGAUGCAAUGAAAGUAAAUGGUAACUGUUAGCCUCAACAUCUCCUUUUGUGUUCCACAGAAGAAAGGAAUUCAUGUGUGUUUGGAACAACAUGAGGUGAGUGAGUGAUGACAGAAUUUGUAUUUUUGUGUGAACUAUCCCUUUAAAUUAUUGAUCAUUAUACAGCAUUGGCAUUAUCAAAUUUAUUAUUAAUGCAAAAGCCUUGAAACCUGAUUUGAAUAGAUUUCCCAUUAGUUCGCUGUAUUCAGCACCACGUGUGCUUCCCUACAUGGACAUGUCAAGUGCACUGUUUUUGUGCCAUUGACUCUCACACAGAGGUCACUCUGUGCCAAUCACUGGAGAACGUUCAGACUGUAUGACAUGCCAAUGUCAAGAGCCAGAUUGAUUUGAAUUGCAAUAUUGCUCUCCCACAAGAGCAAAUGUGUUCCACCCAAGCAACAAAUGUAAACCCAUUCAAGCAAGCUAUUAUCUUAUCCUUUCAUUAGGCGAUGCAAUUGGGAAAUUGACAAUGGGGCAGUUUUCAGCAGCUGUUGUAUUACAGCAUAAGUCGACGAUGUGUGUACCCACUAAUAGAGUUCCAGUCCUUGCCAACCAAGAGUCUCUAUUAGAUUAUUGCUGUAAUACAUUAUUGAUAGUUGUCCAUAGAUGAAACAUGAAAACUGUGAUAUCAGACAGACUAUACACCAAGGCCUGUAAUCCAUAAGGACAGUACUGGAGAUCUUUCCUCCCUGCUGAAAAAGAUGGUUUGCCCAGGCUGGUCUGUUGGCUGGUUUCAGAGGGAUUUUGGGUGCUUUUCAGGUAGUUAUGCAGGGAGACCAGCAUACUAGCUUGGGCUGGUUUAAGUUGUUUUUUUGUUUGUUUGUUUUUCAGCAGGACCCAUUUCGAAUUUAAAGGGGUUGGCUGAUUAUUUUUAUUUUUUUUUUCUAAUUAUUUAAGUUUUUGUGUUUGUUGCGUUUAUGAAACAUGUCUGUUUAGAGUUUUGAACAGGUUGGAAUCACUGAUUGUGUCCUUACUUUCACAAGUCGGCAGACUCUAAAAUGCAAGGGCGUAGAUGACCGUGUGACAUCUGAAUAUUACUCGUUUGGAGUGCGAGCUCAAAGCUGUUGCUCUCAUUUGGAAAUGUGACAGUUUAAGGAAAAGAAAUUGGUUAGUUUCAGACUGGGUACUUAACAAAUGGCCCUCAUCAGCCAAAGGUUCAUUUACAAGACAUUGUUGCCCUGAACUGGGCUUUUACAUGCAUAUAUGAAUGUGACAUUUAUGACAGAGAGAAUGUCACGAGAGGUUUUGGAUGCCUCGCCAUUUAUCUCGAUUGAAUACUACAACCUUUUGCAACAUAUCAAGGAAGAGAAAGCCUCUUCAUGCCAUCCACUGUUAAUGUACAAAACAGACAGGAGUUAGCUAAAAUAAAAAGUAAUCAAGGAAAAUUCUCUUAACUGUUGUCUCUUUAGGGACAGCUAUGUUGUCUCAUAGUUUUGACAGCAUAGCCCCUCAGAAAGAGCCAUAAAAAUGAUUUGGUGAUAACCUGGUCUAAAAACACCAUUGUCUUCUAUUCAGCUAGUUUAAUGGUGGACUGCACACAUAUAUAGGCCAAACACAAAUUAUAUAUUAUACAAUGGUGAUGUAAACCAUGAAAAAUAUUGCUUAUCUUGGUGGUCAAUACAAAAUCAGCGAAAGAUGAUAUACUGUCUUAUAACUGUAUUGUACACAUCUCUGUAUAAUGUUCGUGUGUUUUAGGAUUAUUUUAGGAAAACCCGGGGCAAUUUGUAUGGAUUUAUUUAGGAGAAAAACUCAACUGUUUUUUUGUAAUUAAGUUCCAUUGCCCAGCCAAGGUGUAGAACCUUUCUCUCUGUCUGUCUGUGUCUCUCUCUCUCUCUCUCUCUCUCUCUCUCUCUCACUCUCUCUCAUAUAAAGAAUUAUGCCUUCUCCAACUGCAAUCCAGCUGGAAUCAACUAAAUACUUGAUUAAGAAAAAACGAUGUGCCUCAUCGGGGGCUUUACCAUUUUAAGAACUCACUUUUUAAGAAGUGUGCAUACCUGCAUAAUGUAGUAGUUAGCUUGAAUAAUAUAUGUGUAUGUAUUACAGACACAUUAUCCUCUUAGUUUUUAUAAACACACAUUAAUGACCUUCGUAAUAAUACCUGUUUUAAAUAUAUCCUCACAAAUUCAGUCAUGUUAUGGUGUGUUUUGAGCUGCUGUCAGUGGUAGGCUGGUUAGUUUGAGUUUGAUCAUUAUCGUUUCUUGGUUACUUUACAUCGUAAAGUCUCUCAUCGCAUGAAAUUCAAAUAAUCUGAAAAAUCGACAUCAUAGUUUGUGCAGUUAGUGGUUUAAGAUUUAAAAAAAUUACUUAAUCUAUAUAUCUAUAUAUCUAUACACGUUUGUAUGUAUUACAAUGAUAGAUUCAUUGUUACCUAUGAUAGUAAGUUCUUGUUGCUAUGGCAACAAAACUACAACAUGGCUACCUUUGUAUAUCUUAAUUGUGAAUUUUUUCACACUUCAAGUGAAAUAAUGUACAACGUUAACUUAUUCAGAAAGGGAAUGUGUUCUUAAAUUGUCUUGGAAAUAAAGAUGAUUGACUAUUUUGUAAAAAAAUAUAUAUAUACAGUAUAUAGUAUAUAUACAUAUAUGUAUACAGACUUGUGAGAUACUUGUCCAAAGGCCCUUUGGAGACAUCAUACGUUAUUUCUGUUAUAAUAAUUAUUUUUCUAUUGGGGUUGUUGAUCACUUUUAGAUAAGUAAACAGCAUCUGAGCUUUUGAAACAAUCUGAUGGAUCGAUUGGGGGAAAAGAGACUGUGUAGUCUCAUAUUUGGGUUUAAAUGAAUACACUCAGUCACCAUUAUAUUGGAAAGGGCUGGAGAUGCAUUAUUACUGUGUCAGCAAUGGUGGAUUACAAAAAAAGAGGCAGUUUUUAUAAAUAACGCAACCCCGUGAUGUCAGAAACAAAAGGACAGUAUGAGCCAUAGCCUCAUAGUCCCCCUUUGGCCCACCCAGACUGCACCCCAGCUGUGCUGGGACCUGAUGACUCAAGUCACCCCAUUGGUGUACGAAUGUGUGUUAUUCACCUUGUUUGCACUUAUGUACAUAACUGAGUCAAAAUAUUCAGAAUUUAUUUUGAAUAUACAUAGAUAAAUAAAGAUAUAUAUGUGUGUGUUUGUGUGUAGAAGAGCAGAUUCAUAUCAAAUGACUGUAUUGUUCGGAAUACAGGUAUAAACAGUUAUCCUUUUAAACGGCUGUCAAAGAGAGAGAUGCUGUUUUGGGGUGUCGAGGAAUUUGUUGUUUGUUCCGUUUGCUAAUGCCCUCAUUCUCAUCAUAAAGCAUGUUAUUGCUUACUGACAAAAAGAUAAGAAAUUAUGUCAAAAAAAGGCUUUGUAGUUUUGCAUAGCUUAUAAAAGCACAUUGAGCUGAGCACUGUGCCUGCUUAUAUCUGAUCCUGAGGUGUGCUUGUGUAGGAGAUGUAGAGACAUACGCCAAUAUUCACGCUAAGUAUUUCUGUGUCUACCUCUCCUAUCUGUACUUUAAAGAAUGUGUCCAGAAACCAAAGAAUGGCCAACUUGUUUCCCUUUUACCUCUUUACAGAUUGUGAGUUUCAGAUAGUAUGGUUAACAAUUUUCUUUUCUGUAGUCCCAUAAUGAAAAGGGGGUAUAAUAGUGCUCUGCCCUCUACAGGACGACAAGGAGAGCUGUACGGAGCACUUCAACACAUAAUUGAUCUGCCAUAAAGAGCCUUUAAACUUCAGGAACAGAUUGUAGCAGGAAAGCAUUGCUACAGGUUAUACACAACAUUGACUUUCAGUUUGGUUUGGUUGUUGAUGAACAUUUUCCAUUCUUGUGCAUUCACCAAGAACAACAAAUAAAUCAGAAAAUCUCACAGGAUUUCCUCAAUCCAAAUCAUGGUUGCUUCACAAUCAGAUGUGAAAUCACCAGACAAACCCCUCUGUUGAAGAAAACUUGUACAUUCUGUGCUCUACAAUUGCUUUGGAAGCCAAUAAUUUUGUUGCCAUGGCACUUGCCCUAAUAGUGAGGGAGAGACUGAGUCUUUGUAGAUUAUUGCAUAUAGACGCACCUUUGGACCAGUUGAAAAUGGUCCUCAGCCUUUUGACUGUAAAGCUGAGGUAGCACUUAGAACUUAGCUUAGAUUUAGAACUAACUGUCCCAACUUGCAUACAGAAAGUGAAUGCAAACACAGGACACUCCUUUUACCACUGUGCUUGACAGAGAAAAAUCAACAAACACCCUUCUGCUGUCCAUUUUCCUGUGCCUAAACAUUCUGUGAUGUGAAAGGACUGAUCUUUUAAAGAAAGCCAUUGAGGUUAGACUUCCACCUAACUGUGCCCUUCGUGUUCAUAUCUGUGAGUGGAACACUAACGUCAAUGGUUCAUGUUAACGUACAGAAGUCAUUGAGACUGGAACAUCACAUUAAUGUUGUACAAAGUUGUAUAGUUUCAAAUAAAAUCACUCAUUGAUGCAGAGGUUAAGUCCCUUUAAAGGCACCAGCAGACGUUUGGUGACAAAUGCUGAUGUCUGCAUAAAUGCUAUUGUGUGUGUGGAACAGUUCAAAGAAUGUCUACAUUGUUUCAAAGCCAUAUGUAAUAGAUUCCUCUCUCUCCCACUGUAGGACAAGAUACAACUGAAUGCUUUGACUCUUUAUAUGAAAUGCUUCUCUUUCUAUUUAGCUUAUUGUGCUUGUAUGUGCUCAAGAACUGUGCUUCUUGUCAAUCCUUUUGCGAUAUAUAAAUGUAUGGAAUAUAGACAUACUUAAGAUUUCUGUUCUUUUUGUUUGACAUUUUAAUAAAGCAGUUAAAAGGCUA